AUGUCUGAAGACGACAUCGACCUCGCCGGCCACGACGGACAAGGGCCCGGCCGAGUCGAUCGCGACCGCCGGGCGCCCAGGUUCAGCUGGACGCCCGCCUACGAGGCCACCUUCUUCCGCAGCCUGUGCGAGAGCGUCCAGCUGGGCAUGCGAGAAAACAGCAGCUUCAAGGCCGAGGCAUGGGAGCGCGCCGCCCAGGCCCUGCAGGAACACCACGGCGCUUACCCGGCUAAAAGCCAUCUGAUCAACAAGAGCGACAAUGCUAGAAAACGCUUCCGACUGUGGCGAGGCCUUCGAGAGGACCCGGACUUCAUCUACAACCCCGUGACCAGGACGGUGACGGCGACCGAGGAGGCAUGGAGAGCGCAUAUCGAGCGAGAGCCUCUGUCGCGAGCCCUCAGGGGGAGGCCCUUUGACCACGAGGAAUACAUGGAGGUGCUGUAUCCAGACGUGGUUGGGUCGGGGGGUGCUCCCAAGAGAAUCAUGAAGCCUCGACGGAAGACUGACGGCCAGCCUUGCGACGACUCGGAGAUGCCAGGGACUGGCGUGUUAAAUCUGCAAACCGACCCGACACCGCAUGUGCAUGACACCGCUGACGGGACGAAUCAACAGCCGUCACCGCACAAGAGCUCCCAGAAUCAAGCACCGGCGGCUUCCUCAUCCGCCACAACAGGCGCUCAGCAACGACCCACUACAGCACCCUCGUUACCUCGCAACCUCACUGCUGGGCAAGCCUCAGCUCUGACGCCUCCUGAAGAGUCGGUCCCUCAGGGCCGGAAGCGUCCGUCACCCAUGGGCUCCCUACAGUCUGCCGGAGACCUUGCUCAGUCAACCUCCGGCCCGGCUAUCCCACAAUCGGCACUGCCAACCUCACCAGAAAAGCGCCGCCGGCUGUCGUCUCGAGAUGAAGCUACUUCCAGUACAAGCGCAGCUACCCCUUUACUUGGAUCCUCUGCUCUCCCGGCCACGGGUACAAGAUCCACACUCGAGCCUCGAUCUCGUCCAGAAAGCCAGGUUGCCGCAAUCCAUUCGAUCUUGGAGGAGCUCGUUUCUCUGUCAAAGGCGAGUAGGGCGCGUAUGUGGAGAGAGGAAGCUGUCGACCUGUUAUUCAAAGAAUUCGCAAACGAAGAUGCAGACGUGCAACUUAAAAUCUCAGAGAAAGUUUUGAACGACGAGCAUAAGGCCAUGGUAUUUUGCAAGAUGCCCCUGCAUCUCAGACAGCACUGGGUCAAACGACUUCGUGGCCUUGGAUAA